AUGGACGACUGUGAGCAGGUGCUGCUGGACCUGCAGCAGGCAACGCUUGCUCUGGACGAGCAGGAAGAAACAAGCCCAGACGUCGCCGAGACAAUGACAGCGCUGGGAAGCACAGUCGAGCUGUCAAGCGACAUGCUGCACAACGCCAACAUCAACACAAAUAACGACACCAACGGCAACAACGACAUCGCUGACACCGACAGCGCUGACACCACUGACACGCACUGCAAUGCAACAGGCGCAGCAACGAGCACAGCCAACAAUGAUGGCAGCAAGGACACGACGCAAGAUGCGGCCGCUGAACUUGCACAGCUGCUUGAGCAUGCCACUGUCAUGCCGCUUGACGGUUGCUACGGCUCGACACCCCUCGACCUGGGAAGCGCGGUCAUGGGCUCCACAACAACCCGCGCACUCAUUGUGCGAAACACUACUGCAAGGCCCCAGCAGGUCACAAUUGAGCGCUUUCCUUUCACCAAAGGCUUCUCCCUCUCCGUCCUCUCAAGCUCAGGGGAGCGUGAGGCGUACGACGCAGGUUCAGCCAGCAUUUCCUUCAGCCUAGACGCUGAAAGUGAGGUGACCCUCUUUGUCGGAUUCACAGCGCCCAAGACGGAAGAGGCGCGCUCCUAUCGCCACGUUGCAAGCUUCAUCACCGGUAAGCGCAGCUACAAGCUGUCGCUGCAAGUUGUGGCCACGGUGCCCCUGAAACCAAAACCGAAACGUACUCUUCGCGGGGCUGUGGGUCGCACAGGCCUCACAAGGAAGCACUCCCUUCGCGCGCCACUCAAGGCUGUCAACUCCGCCAAUCCCUCCAGGCUCAGGACUGCGACCACCGCGAAGCCGCAACAGCGGCAAACCCAGCGUGGCAACGCCGCCGCUGCUGAGGGCGAGAAAACGAUGGACCACAAGCCAAUCAAGCCAAAGGCAGUCAAGAUGCCUGCACGCAAGAAGAAAGCCAGCCCAUUUGCGGAUGACACCACCCAGCAGGAAUCGACACAGGAGCCGCAAGUGUCAGCACCGUCCCGCUUUGAUCGACAGGAGCGCGCCUACACCACUUGGAUCAACCACGUGCUUUCACCGGCUCGCAACGUCGUCAACAUGCACACGGAACGCGAGCUGCUCAAGCUGAGAUCCCGUGCAAAGGCAUUGCGCGCGUCAGAGACGGUUUCAAACGGACUGUCAAAGCUCUGGGAGAACAUUGAAGGGGGCGCGCUGGUUGCACGGGAAGAGUCUUGCAUUUUCCUCGACAUUCACUUGCGGGAUGAAGCUGUGCGCGUGUUCAUGUCCUUCCAGCCAGAGUGGCUAAGAUUCGGCCUGGAGACGCUGUUUGCGCAGCCAAUUGAGGUUGACGCCAGCAAUCCAAUGUCAUCUCUCAAAGCGUUUGUUGCCACCAAUGUCAUGGACAACGCCGACAUCAAGGAGCACUACUGUUUUCCUGCCGUGCCCAGCCACCUUGUGGAUGAGUUCCACACCACCAUGGCCAAUCACAUCCUCUUUACCAUGAUUGGUGUUGUGUUCCUUGUCGACCAGGCACGUGCCAAGUCCCUGCUGCCACACUCCCCGUGCGUGUUUAUGCCGGCGACAUUUGACUCCUCCAACGCCGUCCUGGCCUUCAUCUCAAACCAGUUUCUCAAGGGUGAAGGAUCCCUCGAAAAGCACCUGAGAUACCUUGGCCUCACCUUCUCGUACAAGCAGUCCUCCCUUGAAGAGUACGACUAUGAGGUGACCAACCUCUCCACGGACAUGCGUGAUGGUGUCAAGUUGUGGCGUGUGCUGUCUCUCAUGCACAGCAGCAACAGCAGCCGCACUGCCCUGCCAUACACACCUGUCGUCAGCCAGAACAAGGCAGUGUGGGUCAAGAACAACAAGCAAUAUCUCGCCGCCCUCAAGGCUGCCGGGUGCCAGCAAUUUUUCCCACAGCGGGCCGCUGAUGACCUCGCAAACGGGCACCGUGAUGUGACACUCUCUGUGCUGUGGGCCACCCUUGUCUGCUUCCGCAUCUGCAAUCCUCUUGACGAAGCCCUGCUUCUCGCAGAGAUUGCUCGCAUCAAGCGCAAUCCGCGGUACAAGCGCACGGACAGCCGCCGCGCCUCUGAGGCGCACAUGUACCAGAACAGCCCGCAAGUGAACCUCCUGCUGCAGUGGUGCCGUGCAGUGUGCAUGUGCUACGAUCUCGAGGUUGUCGAUUUCACGACGAGUUUCAGCGAUGGGCGUGCGCUGUGCUACCUCAUCAACUUCUACCACCCGCAGCUGCUCCAGCGAAGUGCCAUCAACACAAGCACCACCGCCACAGACACGAAGGACAAGACCUUUGAUGCCAGGAUGGCCGCUGUGCGCGAGUCUGACAAUGGAUUCUCCUGCGUGAUGAGCCCCGGUGUGAACCGUGUUGGUGGACGCUCUCGUCAGCAGCUUCUUGAGAACGAGAAGGGCAACUACAAGCUGAUUAGCCAGGCACUGAAGAAGCUUGGCGGCGUUCCCCUCCUCGCAAAGAGCAAGGACAUGUGCGGCACCGUCCCGGAUGAGCGUGUGGUGAUAUCGUACGUCUCGUGCCUCUGCACGCGCCUGCUUGACAUCAACCAAGAACAGCGCGCUUGCCUUGUCAUCCAACGUCACUGGCGCCGAUUCCACAAGCGUCGCGAGGAGGAAUUGGCAGUCGUCAAGCUGCAGCGGCAGUGGCGCAGUGUGCUGUUGAUGCGGGCGCAACAACGCGCCUACCAGCAGACAAGAACGGCCGUUAUUGCCCUUCAAAGCGGCGUGCGCAUGUGGCGCCAGCGUUGCGCCUUCCAACGUACCAUGCAUGCAAUCGUAGCUGUGCAAACAUGCGCGCGGAGGUGGGCUGCACGCCGGGUGCUCGCACAGCUCAAGCGCCACCACCACGCCGCCAUCACCAUGCAGUGCGCUGCACGUGCGUAUAUUGCCCGCCGUCGCACUGCUCUUCUGCGGGAAGCGCGUGACCGGCACCGCGCUGCAACGUGCAUCCAGCGCCACAUCCUCACCUGGCUGGCUCGUACACAGCACCAACAGCGCUGCAAGGCAGCAACCGCCGUCCAGGCCGUGUUCCGUGGACGCCAGGCGCGGCGACAGGCUGCACGCCGUCGCGCUGCCAUUCUCGUUCUUCAGUCUCGUGUGCGCGCUGUGCUGCUGGGCCGUUGGAUUCGAACGGCGUAUCUGCAGUACAAGGCUGCAGCGGUUGUGCUGCAGCGUGCUUGGCGUCAGCGCUGUUGCUUGCAGGCAACGCGGGCAGUGUGCCAGGAGCGCCGUAUCGCCGCAACAACCAUCCAGAGUACCUGGCGCAUGUGGAAGUGCAAGCAGCAGCGUCGCACGAGGAUGACAGCUCUUGUGACGUUGCAGUCGUUUGCACGCAUGUUCCAGGCGCAGAGGCAGCUGUCGACGCUUCGGCGGGAGCGGGCUGCGGCUGUGACCCUGCAAGCCGCUGUUCGAGGCAUGCGUGCCCGCCAAGUGCUGCGACAAACGCUCACACGCCGCAAGGAGACAUUUGCGGCUGUGUGCAUCCAGAAACAUGUGCGCGGCUGGCGUGCUCGCUGCGCAUUCACCCGCACACGUACGGCCACGACUACGAUCCAAGCCGCGCUCCGAGGCACGCUGGCACGCAAGGAGGCGCAGCGUCGUCGCAGCGCCAUUGCUGUGCUUCAGAUGCACGCACGGGCAACACUGCAGAUGCGAGGAGUGCGACGCGGGUUCUUGCAGUUCAAGACGGCCGCGAUCACGCUUCAGCGGCAGUGGCGACUGCGCACGGAGGCGAAGCACACGCGACAGCUGUGCGUGGUGCGGCGCAAUGCAAGCGUGUGCAUCCAGCGCACGUGGCGCAUGAGGCGUGCACGCUCACACUUUCUUCGGCUGCGCAGUGCAGCCGUUGUGCUUCAGUCUGCGGUUCGUGCCACAAUGGCUCGCCAGCACACAGCCCACCUUCGCCGCCGCCAAGCUGUUGUGCAGCGUGUCGCCCGUGGACUUCACCUGAACCUAUGCGCCAUCACCAUUCAGCGCGCGUUCCGGGGCUUUGCUGCGCGCAAGACUGCUGCUGUGGUCCUGCAGAAGCAUGCCCGCCGCCACCUCGCCCAGACGCGCUUCCGACGCACGCUGGCCGCUGUUGUGUGCCUGCAGCGUCACACGCGUGGGGUUGCCACACGCCGGGCGUACAAGGCGUGGCGUGCACAGCGGCUGGAGAGGCUGACUGGCGCCACGCGUGCGCACCUCGCUGCCACUAUGAUCCAGCGUGGCUAUCGCCGUUACAGGCAGCAGACACGGGCGGCCGUGCUGAUGCAGAAGACGGUGCGCGGGUUCCUUGCUCGUCGCCGCUUUGCUGCUGUGUGUACCUCUGUUGUUCGCCUGCAGUGCGCGUGGCGUUGCCUGCAAGCAGUGCGUGAAGUGCGACGACGCAAGGAAGCGGCGGAGCGGCGUGCACGCGUGCUCUUGCUGGGUGCGCGCAUGUUCCUGUCAACGGUGACCAUCCAGCGCCGUGUGCGUGCAUACCAGCAGCGGCAGCGGGAGGAGCGUGCCGCGUGUGUGAUUCAACGGCACUUCCGCGUGUGGAAGAAGCUGCACUCCAAGGCAUGCCGUGAGGGCGCAGCGACACGCAUCCAGGCGUGGUUCCGUGCGUACCGAAUCCGCAAGCGCAUGAGUGACCGCCUGAAACGCAUUCACCAGAACGUCAUGGAGGUGAACAGGCAGUACUGCCCGGAGGCGACGCUUGGGUGGAAGACCAACUCUGCGCUGACGGUGCUGCUCAAGUACAAGAAGGUCUCGCGCGUGCUGGAGGCACUGAAGAACCUCAACCGCAUGGCAGGCUUGUCUGCGGAGUGCUGUGGCCGUAUUGCCAGCCACGACGGCUUGGACGUGAUUUACACGCUCAUUCGCAGCUGCAACCGCUCCAAGCCUGAGAUGGCCAUGGUGGUGCAUUGCCUGAGCAUCAUUGAGAGCCUCCUGCGUCACGAUGUCACGUGCGAGCGGGUGAUGCAGAAUCUUCAGCUCGGAGAGCUCAUGUUUGACCUCACGCGUGGCUAUCGCGACAAUGCGGAGAUCUUUGAGCCGGCCUGCCGUCUCCUUCACCGCUGCUGCCAGGAGCCGAGCCACCGCGAACGCUUGCAGAAGGACCGCUCCUACAUGAAGCGCCUCGCCUCUCUCAUCAACAUGACCGAGCGCAAGGCCAACGUGUUCAUCAAAGCCAAGACUUCCGCUCGCAAGGAGGAAGCUACAUCGCUGCUGGAACUUGUUGGCUUGCUCAAGGACAUCCAGCGCACGCUCAACCCACAGGAGCAGCACAACUGA